AUGAGAGUUGAAAGGGAGAGUUUGGGGAGAUCGAGCUGUCUGGUUAAGAGUAACACGAUGGAGGAAAAUGCAGAGAGGAGAGAUCCGCCGCGCGAGUUGGUUGAUGUGGAGGAACAGUUGGGAGAGAGAGAUGCUCCAGCUGGUUCAGAAGUGGUUAUGUAG